GUUUAUUUAAAUUAAAAGCCUCAUGACCAAAACCCAACUCCACAAGCAAGUAACCAAACAACUCAAAAGCAAAGCAUCAAACACCAACCACUCCAAAAGUACCAUUCCCAAAAACCACCUUUUUUUUUUCCUAUCAAAGCCUUUUACCCUAAAGCAAAAAAAAAAAAAAAGUAUGGAAGAAGAAGAACACGAACCGUCGACGCCGUUUUGGCUCCAAUCUCGCCGUAGCAACAAUACUUACUUUCGCCGCACCACCAGUCUCGGCCGCCGAGCCGCCGCCGUCGUCACCCAGUUCUUCUUCCUCGCCGCCGUUGUCCUCCUCGUCGCCUUCUUCAUCGUCCCUCCUUUUGUCUCCUCUGUUUCUCAGAUUUUCCGGCCACAUUUGGUCCGCAAAAGCUGGGACUAUCUCAACUUCAUUCUUGUUCUCUUCGCCGUCGUCUGUGGCUUCCUCAGCCGCAGCAGCGGUAACGAUGGAAGCAGUCAGAGCAAGGAGCACAGCAGUAGCAGCAAUGAUGUUCGUAGCUCGUAUGACUAUGGUUAUUGCAAGUACUCGAGCUCGUCGUCGUUCGAUCGAGGUCGGAGAUCGAACUCUGCGACGCCGAGGUAUUGGUAUGAUGAUUGCGGCGGCGAUCAGUUUUCGGGUCAGACGGGGUACAAGAGGUUCACCAGGUCGCGAAGUAAUUCGUAUCCAGAUCUGAGGUUGAGAGAAUCUGAUGAAGAUGAACGGUGGAGAUUCUACGAUGAUACGCGUGUGUAUGAUUACCGUUUCGACGGUCCAGAUCGGAUCUAUCCGAGCUACCGGAGCAAGCACGAGACCAAACCAGCUGGAGAAGGAUGUCAGAGCGACGGUGGCGGCGGUUAUGACGAGGUUGUUGCUGAUGCGGCCCAAGUAGAAGAGGUAGCUGAAGAAAUCAAAGAGCAAUUGCCGGAAUCAAUUCAGCCGCCACAGCCGUCGUAUCCGGUGGAUUAUCCGCCUCCUGCUCCGCCGUCUCCACCACCAUCGAAACCAGUUAAGAGAAGGACGAAGAGAGUUUUCCAAGAUCCUCCACCGAAGACAGAGAGGACAGAGAUGCCAGAUCCGGUGGUGGAAAUCCGCAAGCCACCGCCUCUGGCACCGCCUUCACCACCGGUAAUGGUGUAUCAGAAGAGCAAGAAGAAGUCAGGUGGAGCAACCAAAGACUUUCUGAUUGCGCUAAGAAGAAAGAAAAAGAAGCAGCGACAAAAGAGCGAACCAAGGAUCCUUCUAAAAUUUAGCGGCAACUCAUGCCUUUUGCGUCCUCCACCUCCGCCGCCUCCUCCACCACCCUUCUUCCAAAGCAUCUUCUCAUCCAAGAAAGGUAAAAGCAAGAGAACCUACUCAACUCCAGCUCCGUCUCCGCCUCCUCCACCUCCUCCGCCACCAUUGCGGAGGCGCGUGGAAUCACCCGCAUCAGCAAUCAACACUCAAAGAGCUGCACUAGAAUCACGCUUAUCUAAACCAAAUCAAGUAACCGCGUUCAACAGAAGAGACGAGAUCAUAGUGGCCGGAAACAAGUCUCCGUUGUUGCCGAUCCCGCCUCCGCCGCCUCCGCCGUUCAAAUUACCGGUGUGGAAGUUUGUGAAGCAGGGAGAUUACGUCAGGAUGUCCAGCGACAUCAGCUUGAAGAGCGGGUCAUCGGACGAUCACGACGAUCCGGAUACUGUUCAAUCGGACGACGGCGAGAUUCAAACGGCAGCGAAAAUGAUCGGCGGAGAGUCUCCAGCGAGGCUGUUCUGCCCAAGCCCCGACGUGGACACGAAGGCUGAUAACUUCAUCGCGAGAUUCAGAGCUGGUUUGAAAUUGGAGAAGAUGAAUUCUGUGAAGGAGAAACAGAGAACCGGAAGAUCCAACUUGGGACCCGAACCCGAAUAUGAACCCGAAUCCGAAAUCCAAGCGGCUAUAAUGUAAUCCCACUCUAAUAUUUUCUAUAUUUUAUAUUUUUUUAAAGUUUGGAUGAUUUUUUUUGUUGUUUUUUUUUUCAGUUUUUUCCGCAGCCUUUUAUUUUUACUUAAGUUGUUUUUUAUUUUAUUUAUUUUUUCAUGCGUUGGAAUGAACACUUGAGAUAAUGUACUUAGCAAUUUUAUAAAUUAUAGGUGUUUUCAUGGUGUAUUUAUUCGAUAA